AAUUUCUUUUAUUUGUCCUUUUCAUUUACAUGUCCUUUCAAACAAAAAUGUCAAAAAACCUCGGGGCAAACAUAUGGUCUCUAUCCCCUCCCUAAAAUAAGUUUGGUAUUUUUGCACGGUGGAAGUAUAACUAUCCCUUCCACCAUAUACUUUUGCUUGUAAUACCUUAUCGGUCUCACAUCACUUGUCCCAGAUCCCAGUUCUGCCCAGUUCGUGCGUGCCCUUCAUCCUAGACACCACGGAAGAAGUACCCUGAGAAGUAAAUGACCCGAGGUGUCGUGUGUAAAGUCAAUAUUUUUUUAGCUAAUUCUUUUUUUAUUUUGUGCCUUAUUGAUCAACAAGUAUACAUAAAUACUUUCUAGAAAAAUGUUAAAGUGUGUGUGUAAAAGUCACUUUAUAAUUUUUACAUACUUGUAAAAGUGGUAAAAAUUAAUAACGGAUAUGGACAACCUACGGCGUAAAAUAAGGAAAAAAUUGAAAAGAAAGAUUUAAAAGAUCUAGAGAGGAGGAGGGGAGAGACAUGUCUCCUGGGAGAGACAUCGGGCCCCAGCGGAGCAAUCUUGGGGGACAGGAAUUUGGAUGUCAAAAAUCAACGAAAAAUUGUAUCGGCUGUGCCGGCAAUAAUGGAAGGAUACAAAAAGCAAGCUACAUUUAUCUUUAACAACUACUUCCAACUGAAGAGGAGCCUUCACGGAAACAAAGAUCGUCGUCGCAUGCUAGUCAAGCUAAGAAAAGAUCUGCGGAAAUUAGGACUAUCAAAGCGGGCGAGGCGUGCGGGAUUAAUGCAACUAGCGGUCAGACCAUGCGUGGUUCUUGAGCGAUUGCCGGUUUCUAGCUACAAAGAAAAAUCACUGCAGUCACUGCAUAACAAUAAUAAAAAUUUUAUGACGUCCUACAAGGAAUCGCAAUACGAGCACCGAGACGAUGCCCAAAAAAGGCGGAUAGAAGAUUCUCAAGAUCUUCAUCAACAGUCUAACAUACAAAUUUUAAACGCUGCUGCUGAAACUGCAUCGAUCAAUAUAUUAGAUGCUAGUAAAACUUGUCGAAAUGAAGAGCAAGGAUGUAAUUUGUUAGAAAAAGAAUUAUCAAAGCCAAGGGAAAAAAUUAUCAAUCUUAUACAGGAUUUCACUCAAAAAGCAACAAAAAAGAAUUCUCAUAUCGAUGUUACGUCAACAAAGCAUAUGGAUGUGUCUGAAAAAUUAGAUAUUAAAGCAGCAUGCAGCUUGUCUUCGUCGAAAGACGAAUUGCUAAAGAAACAGAAUUUUACACACAAGUUUGCAAAUAAAAAUUCUCGUUCUGAAAGUAAGAUUAAUUUUUCAAAAGAUAGAUCUAUUUCUGUUCCUGCAAAAAAAAUGAAUAUAUUUGUUAAUGAGGAAUGUUCUUCGGAAAACGAAUCAUCAGACACAACCGUACCGCUUCGAUUGACGAAACAUCGUUCUGAUCCUAAAAGGAGCAUUAAUUCCUCGGAAGAUGCCAAUGUUUUUGCUAGACAACAUAAGAAAAACAUUUCUUCAUUAAAAACCAAACUAGAUACAUUACAAGAAUGUUCCAAUGAAUCUAGAAUUGUUAAUAUUUCUUCUGAAUGCAAUAUUAGCUCAAGCAACAUAAUUUCAGAAGCAACAGCUAAUGAUUUCACAAACGAGAAUGAAAAUGUUCAAUUAGAUUUAGAAUUAGUUAAACAUAUCGAUACAUCGUUACAAUAUAAAGGCAUAAAAAAAAAUAUCAGACAAACAAAAAUAAAUUUAAAAUCUAAAAAUCUGUCAACAGUUAACCUACAUAUUGGAACAAAUUCCAAGGUAGUAAUUAAAAGAAAAGUAAGUUCCAGAAAUUCAGACCAAAAUGCAUUGCCGAUAAAAAUACGAAAGAAGAAUGAAAUUAACACGUCACCAGAUAAAGUAGUACCACAUAGUAAUAUCGAAAUAUUCAAAUAUAAAUUAGAUCAUACAAACCAAAGAAUUCGGGGGAAUAUUAUAAGAUAUAAAAAACGUGAAAAUUACAAAUCGCAUAAGCGAAAAAAAGAUAAAUAUAAAACAAAACGAGAAAAACUUCAGAAAUAUUUUGAAAGAUCCUUCGAUUCCAACACAAGUGAAACUGAAGAAAACAACGAAAUUCUGUUAAAUUAUAGGAAAGGAAGGAAACAAGAAUCUGACGAUCUAUUGCAUGAUGACAAAAAGUUAACACAUGAUACUAACUUGCAGAAAAAUAUAGAAAGCAUAAACUUCAAUAACUCGUACGAUUUCACAACAAAUUUCGAAAAAUGUGCUACGCACGAUGCUACAACGGACACGGAAAUAGAAGAUGAAGCAUCGAUAGAUAAACGUGUUACGUUAGCUAAUAAUAAGCAGGAAAAUGUGGAGAGCGAUAAUUCUGAUAAUUCAUGCGAUUCCACAGCAUGUACCGAAAAAUAUUAUGCUAUAUAUAAUGCUGCAGAUGAAGUGGGAGAAGCAUCGACACGCGAAAACGAAACAUCUGUUAAUAAUUCGCAGGAAAAUACAGAAGACAUAAGCUCCGAUAAUUCAUGCGAUUCCUCUGCAAGUACCGAAGAAGAUUGUGCUAUAAAAGAUGCUGCAACCAAAAUCGAGGCGAAAGAUGGAGCAUUGGUAUGCACAUAUGAUACAUCAUCUACUAAUUCGCAGAAAAAUAUAGAUAUUGUAAUAUUUUUGGAUAAAGUAAAAUCAGACGAUUCAUGCGAUUCUACUGUAACGGAAAAGUACUUUAUGCACGAUGCUACAAUAGACGAAAAGAUAGAAGGUAGACCGGGUAAGCAUGGCACAUGUGCUAAUAAUUCACAGAUAAAUAUAGAAGAUGCACAAUCGGUUAAAGAAAACUGCAAUAAUUCAUGCGAUUUCACUGCAAGCUCCGAAGAAUGUUACACUACAUUCGAUGAAUAUGCAACAGAUGAGAUAGAAGAUCGUAGAGCAUCGAUACGUAAACGUGACACUUUUGCUAAUAAUUUCCAGAAAAAUAUUACAGAAAGCACAAUACUGGCCAAAACAAAAUCUGAUAAUUCAUGCAAUUGCACUAUUAACACCGAAAAAAAUUAUGCUACACCUGACACUACGACAGAAAAGAAAAUAGUUGAACCAUCGAUAGCUGAAGCAUCAAUAUGCAUACGUGACAUGUCUGCAAAUAAUUCGCAGAAAAGUAUAGAGAACGCAGAAUCAAUUAAAAAAAACUCCGAUAGUUCAUGCGAUUCCACUACAAACAUCGAAAUACAUUCUAUGCAUGAUACUGCAACAGAUGAAAAAGUAGAAAAUCGAGCAUCGAAAUAUAUAAGUAGCACGUCAGCUAAUGAUUCGGAAGAAAAUAAAAGAAACGCAAUCCCGGUAAAAAAACAGUGCGUAGAGAAUUUUUUAUCAAUUGUGGCUACAGAAAACAAUAGCAAAAGUGAUACACGCGCAGAACAAGGCAAAGAUAAUGACCUAUCAACUAUUGAAAUGGGUUUAGAUGAAAAUACGAGUGACAUGGAGAAUCGAAACAUAGAGAAGCAAGCGGAUAUGACUUGUAUGCCUAUUCUACAAAAUCAGCAGGAAAAUCAAGAAAUAUGCAAUAGCGACAGUGUUGAUUUAACGCAAGAUACACGAAGACGUGCAAUAUCAAAUUUGGAAUUACCGAUCGCGUUUGCAAAUGAUUCAGCACUGUGCAAUGUUAACGAAAAAGACAGCCGUGGCAUGUCGCAAAAUAUUAAAAAUUUAUUAAAAAGUAACGAUAUUUUAAAAGAUGGAAAGACAAGCCUUGAUCAGUUUUCAGUGACGACAUCAGAAAAAAAUUCUUUGGAAAGAAGACAUGAUGAAUCUUCUUUCGUACAAACGACAAAUUCAUCUACAUCUCUAAGUCAAUCAAAUUGCAAUGAUAAUCACUCGUCAGAUGAUGACAACAGUAACAAUAUUGAAGUGGAAAUAAAAAUAAAGCCCAAAUUGAAGUCUCAAAUAUCGCAGAAAUUCUCACUAAAAGCAUCUUCGUCUGCAGUAAAUUCAUAUAUCGAAAACUUAUACACGCUUAAGAAUAAUCCAAAUUUCCUUAAUGAAAUUUUUGAAAUUAACCAUAAAUCAUCUGAAAGAUCCAAACAGACGAUUACAAGUAAAAGGCCAGAAAACAAUAUGUCAUUAAGUGAUAAUCAAAAUAUUACUGCUGAAACUGAGGAAAUUGUAUAUGAUUCUGUUUUUACUGUUAAAGAUAAUGCAAAAUGUUCUCAACAACAAAAUUUUCAAGACUCUCCAAUUUUAAAAGAAGAUGAAAAUGCGAUGGAUUCUAAUCAACGAGAAAGGAAUAAAUGCAUGCAACCAGUCAAAACAACAACACAAAUAACAACUGAGAACAAUUCUGUAUCAAGUGAACUUGCAUGCGGUACGUCUAAUUUAGAAAAACAAAUACAUGACGCUUCCACGGGCGACAAACGGAAAAUUAACGAAGAACAACAUUCUCAAGAUAAUGCAAUUACAAAAAAAAUUAAAAGUGAGCGAGUGCAUAAUCAGCAAAAAGAGGAUAAAAACGCAUCGUUUAUCGAGCGGAAAAAGAUACAAAUAGCAGACAAUCCUGAAGGAAUUAAAACUGCAUACAACAUGCCUGAUUUAGGACAACAGCUACCACAGACUUUUUUGGAUGUGACGCAUAGCAAAGUUCGAUCUAUUACGGAAAUUAAUUGUCAAUGUGCCAUGAAAUUGUCGAGCCUCAAUGCAUUAGAUACAAGAAAAUGUGUAUGCUUAAAAAUCUGUCAGUCAGCACAUUCUAAAUCCGUAUCUCCUCAAUCAACAUCUCAUCGAUCAGAAUCUCUUCAAUUAACAUCUCAAUCAACGCCUACUCAAUCAACACCUCAUCCAUCAGUAUCUUCUCAAGUAACACCUACUCAAUCAGCUCUGUCAAUAUCUUCUCAAUUACCAUCUAGUCAAUCAGCACUUCCUUUGUUAAUACUUUCUCAAUUAGCGCCUACUCAAUCAGUACCUUGUGCGUCAGUACCUGUUCAAUUAGCACCUACUCAAUCAACACUUCGUCCGUCAGUACCUUUUCAAGUAGCACCCCCUCUGUUAAUACUUUCUCAAUUAGCACCUACUCAAUCAGCACCUCGUCCAUCAUUAUCUUUUCAAGUAGCGCCUAUUCAAUCAGCACCUCGUCCGUCAGUAUCUUUUCAAUUAGCGCCUACUCAAUCAGUAUCUUGUCCAUUAGUAUUUUCUCAAUUAUCAUCUGCUCAAUCAGCACCUACUCCCUCAACACUUCGUUCGUCAAUAUCUCCGCAUUUAACAUCUCAGCCAACAUCAGUACCUCCUCAAUUAAUAUCUCAAUCGACUUCUGAUCCAUCAGUAUCUUUACAAUCAACGCAUCCUCAAUUAACAUCUCGAUUAAUAUCCAAAUUGCCAUCAUAUGAUACUGCUAUUAAACAAAUAUACUUUUCAUCUAGAACAAACGCACCAGUUACACCAGUUGCACCAGUUGAGAUUAAUACUCCAAAUGUUAACAACGAGCGCACAAAUUAUAAUUAUACAUUUCAAAUUAUAAUGAAAAGUCUCAACGAUCACAUUAAAUAUUGUCGCAAUUUUAUUCGACAUACACGUAUAAGACAUGUUACUAUAGAACUAACAGAAAAAAUGUAUGUACAUGUGAAACAAAUAGAUUUAAUUUUAGCAAAAUUGAAAAUAUUGCUCUGUACGAAAGAUACUCAGGACAUUUUAACUUACAUUAAUCAAUGUACGUCAUUAAAUCCAUCACUAUCAUUGGAUGAAUUAAACAUGUAUUCUAAUAUCGUGGAAACUCGUACCACACUAAUUUCACAACAGAACGCAAAUGCAUCACAAUAUCCAAAUGUUAGCGAAUCAGUUUCGAGUGCGUCAAUGUCAAACGCUAUCACGCAAUCAUCUUUUAGAAACGCUCCAUUUCCAGACACAGAAAAUGGCAAAUCUAAGCAAUCUUCAAUAAUACCACAUCCGGUGCCAACGAUCUCGAACAUCAAUCAGCAACAAUUGUUUGGCAAUUCGGCUAAUUAUUCACAGAUGCCACACUCGAGACAACUUGUGCCAAAUAUAUGUCGGAUGGCAGAUAUAUCGGAUGUUGGCAUUUCAGAAGCUUCCGUGAAUACAAGUAACGUUUCAUCACGGAAUAUUAAUAUGCACUCAUGUGGGCCAGUACAUCGAGGGAAUGUAAACGUGCCUCCUAUAACCAAUAUGAGACAAUCACAUGUUGCAAAAAGUACCGUUAGCAGUACUGCAAUCGCGUCUGCUGCUAAUGCGCAGCAACAAAAACAAAUAAAUUCGAGGACAACAAUUUGUCCGCCACUUAUUGCAAAUCAAAAUGUUGGGAUGUGCAAAACUGUACACAAUGUUACGUUAUCUGGAUCUUUCACAGUAAAUCUUGAUGCUCCAGAAAUCAAUACUACAAUGAGAAAUGUUAAACAUCAAAGCGCAAAUCAAGUGAAUCAAAUAAACUGCAUUUCGCAAGUCUCUCAAGCACCUUUGGGAAGAACGAAAUUACUACCACAAUACAAUUGUCCAAAUCCAAACGAAGCUCAUUUUUCCUUACUUCUACAAUCUACUACAAUACACAAGAUGCAAAAUCAUUCAAUUCAGAAUAUUUUACCAGAUCAAAACAUACAGAUACCACAGCAGAAAUUGCCGGUAAAUCAAGCGAAUGCAAAUGUGCCUUCUGCAAACAAUAGGGGACAAUCAAAUGUCGCGUUAAAGAAUGUAAUUAGCAGUACCAAAACUGCAAUAAAUCAGCACUUACAACCAAACGAUUCAUGUGCAAUUGAUUUAUCGAUUAGGAAUACAUCGCAAAAUGUACAACAAAGCGUGAAUAAAGAAAUCCCUCAAUCGCAAAAUAAAGAUUAUGUGCAAAAGACACCGUCUAUAAAUCUACAUAAAGAAAAUUUAAGCGCACACGACAUAUUGCAAAAUACAUCUAGCACUGCUCCAAAAACUUCCACUUCGCAGAGUUCAGAUGUAUUUCCAAAUACGAUAAUGUUUUCACAACAUUACAGUGAUACAAGUAAUAAAAUGUCUACUUUACCAAAAAAUACACAAGCAAAUGAUGUUGUCUAUAAUUUUAAUCUGAUGAAUUUGACGGAUAAUCAGAUAAGUACAUUAUAUAAUCAAAUACGAUCGUAUUUGCGCAUGUCAGAAGAAAUGACAAAUUCUCUUAACAAACGGCAAUAUGAACGCAUUCACCAUGAAAAAACAACACUAUUUUAUUUUUCUCAGCAUUUACGUAAUUACAUAAAGAGCAAGAUAAUAAAAUCACAGACUGUUGAAAAAAAUGCCGAUGAAGAUUCACAAGACAAUACGUCAGGAAGCAGGAUAAUCUUACAAAAGAACACGAUACAAACAUCCGUAGACGAGUUAACGAAGACUCAGUCUAAUCAAGUCAAUGAAAAUAAUCCAGUCUAUAAUAAGAAUUUAAAGGAACAAUCUUCAAAACAAGAUACUGACUUGUAUAUUUUGGAGACUUCAAAAUCUACAGCGGUAAAGAGUAAUUUAGCACAAAAUAAAGAGUCACUUUUUACGCCUGAUUUUGCAACCAGAAAAUCACUUUCAAAAUACAUGAGCUCACAAGAGCAAAAUAAUAAUUUACUAAGGAAGCUCUUGCAGAAAAAGUCACCGAUCAAAGAACGGCCUAAGAUUACAGAAAACUCACACGAAACUUCUAAUGUUGCAACGUCAAAUAGUAGUACAGAAAACGAAGCACCAUCACAAUUCUCAUGUAAUACGAAAGAUCAAAAUAACGAAAUAUAUAAUGACGGUAAUGAAAUGAUUAAUAAAGAUUUGAAUGAUAAACUGCGUAAUGAUGAAAAUAUUGCAGUAUUAAAUUCCACAGAGAUACAGUCUGAGCCAUUAAACAUAUCGCCUAGUCUAAAACAAAGUUCAUUAAACAACAUGUCGGACUUGGUAUCUUCGAUAGAGAAAUGCAAAUCUACGGAAAUAACGCAACGUGAGACGCAUGCCGAAACAAUAUCAAAGUCUUACUUAGCACAGCAAGAAGAUCCUACAAACGAAUGGAGUGACGAUUCUGAUACAAUAUCCUCAAGCUCUUUUAAAUUGUAUAUCGAUGAAAGUUCACAAAAUUUGGACGAAUGCGAGAUACCGUUUUCUCAAGAAGAUAAUUUAAGUAUAUCACAAGAUUCAGCAUCAUUAAUUAAUACGACAAAAUGCAAAUCUACGAAAUUAAUUCAAGGAGAUUCUGAGGAGAUACACGAGAAGCAAGUUGAAUCAAUAGAAUUUUGCUUAAAUGCACAACAAGAAGAUUCUACGAACAGUUCUAUCGAUGAAUCGUCCGGAAGCUUCAGGGAAUUGUAUAUCGACGAAAAUUCGAAGGAAUCACAAAACGACAAACAGUGCGACGAGAUAUCGUCUUCUGAAAAAGAUAACUUAAGUACAUCACAAGAUUCAGCAUCAUAUGAUACGAUGUACGAAUCUACGAAAAUACCGCAAGUUACGGAAAAGCACGCCGAAACAAUAUCAGAAUUUUGCUUAGAUGCACAGCAAGAAGAUUUUUCGAACGAACAAAGUAAUAAUUCUAUCGAUGAAGUGUUCGAAAGUUCCGGAAAACUGUAUACCGACGAGAGUGCGAAAAAUACAAAAGUAGCAUCGACUUUUUCGAAAAACAUCCCUGAGACAAAUUCAGCUGAUAUACGUCAAGAAUUUGUGACCGAAACGCAAGAUACUGAAAAUACAGAGGAAGAAAAUAGUCAGCAAUCGCUAUUAAAAAUAGAAGAAAUGUGCCUACAGGAAAUGCCAUUAAUAAAAGGUGAAUCGAGUACGAGAGAACAUGCGACGGAAUUGACCUAUCUUUCUGAAGAUAACAAUGAUAUAAUAGAGUUUCUUGAAGAUACAAAAGAAGAAAAGAUAAUAAUAGAUCACGAUGAUAUUAACAUGAUUGUUAAAAAGGAAGAAAUAAUAGACACACACGGUGAUAUUAACUUAAUCAUUGAAUAUCUGGAAGAGGAAAAGAUGAUAAAAGAUAUUCACAAUGAUAACACAAUCAAUGAACAACUCCAACAGAUAUAUCAAACUUCUUCGUGUAACUUCGUUCAAGAAAACGAUCCUGUUGAUGUAAAUGAAAAAAAAGAGAUUUCCGCUGAAAACAAUGUUCUUAAUGUCAAUACUGCUGAAUGUACUUCCGUAGAAAAUGAUAACGAUUCCAAAGUCACUGAUAUCAUACCAAGUAUUGUAAGCAUUAGAAGCAUAUCGCCAUCGUUGUUUGAGAAACUAGAUACGAAUAUAUUUUCUGAAAAUAAUUUGGAGAUAUUAAAUAAAAAUGAUGAAAAAUCGAUGGAUAUAAACGACGAUCUGGAAAUUUCAGAUGUGGACAACGUACCCUGUUUACGCUGUAAACGUAAGAGUACGGUAUAUUGUCGAGCUUGCUUGGAAGCGCCUUAUUGCUCAAAACGUUGCUCAUCUUUGCAUUGGAAUGCGGUACAUUACAAACAAUGCAAAGGCGAUAAUUUUACCUGUAUCGAUCUAGUUUAAAACACAUAUUACCUAGCAAACCAUGAAUACAACAGCAAUAUAAAUGUAAAAAUACUAUAUUUACGUACUAUUUUUCUACAACAGUUUUAUCUGUAUUUGCUGGGUAGCAUCAUUUUAAGAUGCUAUCAAGAAUAUUUUCUUAACACUUUAAGCUUCUCAGAUCAAAAUAUUUCUCAAUUAAACAGUAUUACAUUGUUACUAAAAAUUAAAACAUAAAAACUGGUUGGCAUGUUAUUUUCAUAAUGGAAUUUUUCUGUACGUAGGACGAUUUGUACUAAUGCUUUACGUUUUUUUAUUCCGUUAAUAAAAUAGAGAAACAGCAAAAAAAGUAACAAAAAUAUUGAUUUUUAAACUUCUUAAAGCCUUACAUUUUUCACAACUACAAUGAAUAUUUUUAAUACACAAUUAUAAUUGUGCAAUCUAUGAACGUCACUUUCAAUCAGUUCAACGAAUUUUAUAUACAUACACAAAAAAGAGAAUUUUAUUAGAAUUUAUCUUUAAAAUUACGGUAAGUAAUCGUGUGAGAUAACAUAGUAUUUUAAAGGUUUUUCCUAUAAUUUUAAUAAAAAUUGUACCAAAAUUUAACUAAAUUUUUUAAAUAUUUUAUUGUGAUAGAUAUCAAUAUAUUUAAAAAAAUUACAUAAAAUUUUUCAAAAUAUCAUAUUGUCCCUCGACUAUUGUAAUUUUAAGAAUAAAUUUUAAACUCUUAGUUUAUAUAUUCUAGUUGUUUCGUAACUGACGGUAAAUAGUCGGAAAUAGAGUGAUUUUACGUGACAAAAAUAAAUCGAAAACAUAGAAUAAAAUGUUUUUGUAUGAUACAUUUCCGAGAUCAAAUUAAAAAAUUGACAUAUUUUGACAUAAAAUAUAAAAUAUUUCGUAAAUCUACUACAAUAAUAUUUUGAUAAUUAUUUUAAUCAAUAAGUUAAUACUUUGAUGUAUGUAAUAAUGAGAUAAAUGAUGUAAUCAGUGAUAUAAAAAAUCAUUGAUGUAAUAAAAAUGUGUAAUUGCAUAAUUUUUUUAUAUAUAGUAUAAUUUUUUUUUAAACAACUGUGUAUUUUCGUUCAAUUUAUUCAUCUUAUUAUUCUAUGUUUAAAAAGUAUUAAGGUAAAAUUAAAAAAAUUAAAUAGUUUACAAAAUUUUAUAUUUUAUAAUUUAUGUUAAAAUAUGCCAAUUUUCAAAUUCGAUUAUUUUGGAAAUGACGUACCAUAUAAAAAAAUUUUAUUUGUUUUUGACUUAUGUUUUCAUGUAGAAUCAUUCUCUUUCUAGUUGCAUCAGUUUCGAAACAUCCUAUACAUGUACUUAUUUCUCGCACGCGCGCGUGUGUGUGUGUGUGUACGUGUGUACAUGUAUGUACGUAUUUAUUUUAGUAAAAAAUAAUGACAUAAAAAAAAUAAUGACAUAAAAAAUUAAAUAUUUUUCAAUUUUCUAAUUUCUUUUACAGUUAGUUAUAAGAGACAUUUUUUCCUUGAAUUUUGUUUAAGUUACCUAGUACAGAUAUAAGUAAUAAUAAUAUGUUUAUAUGUAAUAUAAAGUGUUAAUUUAAUUAUAUUAGUGACUUAAAUAUAUAGCUUAAGGAAAAUAAAAAAGUUAAAAUAAUUUGAUCAAAUUUAAAUCAUUUCUUUUAUCAAUAUGAUGUCAAAUUAAUGCAUUUUGACUUUUCUGUUUUCCUUGAAAAGUUGGAUUGUAUCAGACUGUAUAGUUACAUAUACUGCUUAUUCUAUAAAAAUUAGUUAACAUAUUACGUAUUGAAGUUUUUGAUAUUCUUAUACUAGAUUUAAAAUAACACUAUUUGCGAUUAAAAAGAAAAAAUUCGUUAUAAUACCUUAUGAAGUGAUAAUGUUAUAUUUGUUGUUAUGUAAUUAAUUCGUCAUAUGUAAAAAUUAUCAUAAAAUGUGAGAGAAUGUUUAUCUUUUAAUAAAUUAAGAAAACCACUAAUAAAUUAGAAA